GAGGACUGCAGCGGUUUGUACAGAGAAUAAUGGAGACUCUUGAAGAUCGUCUCAAACAGAUGGUUAAGACCUUCAGGAGGGAGUGCCACCGGGUUUUACCGUCAGAGAGGACCACCGUUCAUGGAGCCGACGGCAUGCUGAUGGUGCUGCAGCUGGCCAUGGCAGAGGUCAACAAGCAGCUCGGCCGAGAGUUCAAAGUGGCUCUGAGCGACGUGCUGAUGGCCUGGAAACACUUAUUGUUAGAGAAACUUCACCUGCCGCCCCCCGGCUUCGCACGCCCCGAGAGCUAUGAUCUCAUGCGGGAGGCGUACGAAGCGUUCCUGAAGCGCUCCAACACCGUGGACCUGCUGGACGUGGCGUCCAUGUACGGGCAGCUGAGGGUGGCCGACCUGGACCCCGAGGAGCCGGUGAGCCAGAUCCAGCUCUUUGACUUCCUGUUGGGGAACACCGCCGUCCCAGCGCCGCCGUGCACCCCGUCCAGAAAACCCUGCAGCUCUCAGGUGAAAACGGCCGUGCGGAGGGUUUUCUGCUCCUAUUUGAGUUUGCUCGUAAACUCCAAGAACGACAUGGCCUUGGCGCUGACGCUGGACGUCCCCGAUCGCUCUCUUGGCCGGCAGGCAUUCGCUGACAUCAGGCACGCCGCCCGGGACGACAGCACGGCUCUGUUCCUGGCCGUGACAUCCUUCGUGCGAGCCGUCCAGCUCGGGGGGCGGGGCUACGCUCCGGCCGAGUCCGACCCGCUCAGGAAGUACCUGAAAGGCCUGUCGGAGUUCGUCCAGUUUCUAGACAGCCUGGAGGAAAUACUGGGGGAGAUCCCCGACCCGAGUGUCUGCGGAGCCCGGCUGGUUGCCGCCAUCAGGGCGGUGCUGGUGAAGGGACGCGGCGGCGCCGACCAAGUGUACGCCGCGGCCGGAGAGACGGCGGCGGAGCUGACGGAGAGGAUCUGCCAGCUCCACCAGAUCCAGAAGCAGGCGGCUAACGGGAGCGCGACGGGGAUCAGUCCUGCCAGGCCAAAAGCUUACGCGGUCAAUCACGCCACCGCGUUCGGAGGCCGGGACACCGUGAAGGUGCUGAUUGCGCUGCUGGAUGAAGAAGCCGUCAGGCCUCCGUGGCCCAACAAGGCGGACCUGCUGUGUGAGGACCAGCCCGUUCUGGGCGGAGCGGAGGCCUCCUGUGUCCUCACGCUCUUCAGAUCCCCCGAAGUGUCUACUGGAAGUUCUCCAGAGCCGCUGAGGAACCGGGUCCAAAGCCGAGCGGCCCUGCUCAGACCCAAGACCAAGGAACGAGUCAUCCGAUCCCAGUUCGCCUGCACGUACGUGGACCAGGAUCCGCCUCUCAGCAGGGUGCUGGACUUCCCCAGUACCAGCCAGGCCCCCACCUGUGUGCAUCCGGCGCGCCGACCCAGCACCCCCGACGUGGACGAAGCAAUGUCAGCCGAGCCUUCCUCCGGGAGUCCCGACGAGGAGGUGCAGCGAGGGGCCGCCCUCCAGCAGAGGAGUGGAAAUGACCCGGGCAGAGGCGCCGGCCAGGGCAACAAGAAGACCCAGGGCAGCAAGAGGAAGCAGCUGGACUCCGAGAGCGAGCCUCGGCCGAAGAAGCAGGUCCUCAAGGUGCCUGGAAAGACUGUCGGCAAGAAGAAGCUGAUAGCUGGACAAGGAAAACUCACCAGCUUCUUCAGGGUCUGAAGACUUACCCCAUCUAACCCUCAGAAUUCGCCUGAUGUCCAGUAAUUUCCCAACAUAAAUUGUGGUAAAGACCUAGCGUGAUAGUG